AUGAGGAAGGAGCUCAUUGCUGAACUGGACCAAGAUGAGAAGGACCAGCAGAACACAUCGCGUCUGGUGCAGGAGCACAAGAAGCUGCUGGAGGAGAACAAGAGUCUGUCCACGUACUACCAGAAGUGCAAAAAACAGCUGGAGCUGAUCCGGGUCCAGCAACAGAAGAGACAGGGCACGAAGGAGCUCAUUGCUGAACUGGACCAAGAUGAGAAGGACCAGCAGAACACAUCGCGUCUGGUGCAGGAGCACAAGAAGCUGCUGGAGGAGAACAAGAGUCUGUCCACGUACUACCAGAAGUGCAAAAAACAGCUGGAGCUGAUCCGGGUCCAGCAACAGAAGAGACAGGGCACGUCAUGA